AUGAUCCGGAGAUGUAUUCCCGAGAUAGACCAAGCUUCUAUUUUCCAGGCCUGUCAUGCUUCGCCUUAUGGAGGCUAUUUUGGUGGAGUCAAGACAACUGCUAAAGUGUUGGAUUCGGGCUUUUAUUGGCCGGCAUUGUUUAAAGAUGCACAUUUUUGGGUAAAGAGCUGUGCUGAGUGCCAACAGACGAGGAAUAUUUCCUGUCGGCAUGAGAUUCCCAUGAACCCAAUUCAAGAGGUAGAAGUAUUUGAUAUAUGGAAAAUCGAUUUUAUGGGAUCAUUUGUCAGCUCAUAUGGCAACAAGUACAUACUGUGGGCAAAUGGAGGUGUCAAACAGAGAAACAAGAGUGUUUUGACCAAAAUUGUAAAUGCUACUCGGAUUGAUUGGGCGAAAAAAUUAGAUGAUGCACUAUGGGCCUACCGCACUGCAUUCAAAACUCCGAUUGCGCCCAGAUUAGCGCCAGGCGCCGAUGAAAAUGCCAAAGGCAUCAACAAAUACACACAACUGCCCUCUUCAUCGCUAGGCGCGGAAGAAAAUAACAG